AUGGUUACAGGGAAUUCAUUCUCAACAGGGAGCACCAGGAAGCGACUGCGCAGAGAGCGAUCCAUCUGCAGCUGCAAAUCUCCUCGUCUCAGUCACAAAUCUUCUCCUCGCUCCUUCAACUUUUACGAAUUGGAUGUGUGGACCGAGAUCGCCAAGUUUCUGGACGGUAAAUCUCUGGUGAAGCUCGCUUUAACCUGCCGAUGGUUCCACGGCGUGAUUAUGCAAGACUGCGUGUGGAAGUUUGCUUGCUUGAGCCAUCUUCAAGUUCCAGCUCCAGAUCGUACGGAAUUCAAAUGGAUUCAGCUCUACGCAUCGGCGAUCGGUAAGUUUCUUGCUACUCCGAUUCAAUUUUCAGCUUCUGUGGUUGCCAAUCACGGAAGCCAUUCUUACGCGUUCCGUGACAAGGAGAAACAUCUUGACUGGAUGAGGAUCGGUGCCUUCUUCCUCGAAUCACCAUCAGUAAUCCUUAGCCAGAGACUGACCUUACCAUUGAAGAUCAUGAAACGUGAAUCGCUCCAGAACAUGUUGGGAUCUGCAGGAGCCUGUUUGCUAAGCGGCCUCAGAACAGGAAUCUGGAUAGCAGAUCUGCAGCUUGUUCGUUGCCCUGUUUGCGAACUUGAUACUUGCGAGGGAACAAUGCAGGCACUUGAUGCAAGGCAUAUAGAAUUGUUUCUGAGUGAGGAAUACCAGAACUGCAGUUGGGAGUAUGAGCAAAUAGGAUCCCAUAAACUCAAAGGACCAGCGAAGGCAGCCUCUGCUACAAUUAUGGACCUCAAGCACAUCACUGACCGCCCAACAGCAGAUGUGUUCAAUCUCAAACUCUGGGCUGGACGACAGAACGAUUUCCAGCCGAAAGCUAUGAUCACUUUCCAUGCCGUUGCAAUUAGCACCAACUUGCAAGCCAAUCAAGGCCUUCUUUCAAAGUUCUACGUGAUGAGAGCUGGAACUGGAGGAGAAAUUGUUUCCAUCAGAGUCACUCAGCAGCUCCUCUGA